ACGUAAAUUUAAUGCGCGCGGGAAAUGCGAUUUUAAUCAAAUGCGACGUGUUUGGAUGUCACUAAACCCAUUGUGCUAAUUGCAAUUAGUACAAGUAAUUCGAGGGAACAACAAAAACAAAAGUAAUUAGUGUGUUCUAAGGCAAAACAUUGUUUAAAAAAAAGUGCAAUUAAUUAACUGCGUUAUUGGUAAACCGUUUACCAUAGAAAGAUAACAAAGAAAAGCAAGCGGAAAAUUGUGCGAAAAAAUUGUUAAGUGACAAGUUGAAUUUAAAAUAGUUUGCUAACAUGAUGACCACGACAACGCCACACCCCAUUAUGGCGGCUGUUAUGCGCCCCGUGCAGGAUAACUCCGUGUCAAGGCCCCGCGCGGUCUACAGCAUCGAUCAGAUUUUGGGCACACAAACAAAGAGAAGUGAUUCUACAGAGUCCUUGAGCAACCACCAAUUGCACGCUUUGCACAGUCACAGUAACAACACCGUUAAUAGCCACAAUCUUAGCAACAAUUCAAGUAAUGGCAGCAACGGCAGCAAUAACGCAAUGAAUAUCAAUGCCUUGCAUCAUAGCCAUCAUUUAAAUCAACGCGACGAAUCGCCAACUAAUAUGGAUAAUGGCCUUGAUGUGGACAACGAUGAUGAACUGUCGAAUAGCCUCAACAAUGGACAUGACAUGGGUGAUAUGGAGCGACCGCGCAAAGUACGAAGAUCGCGCACAACAUUCACAACAUUUCAAUUGCAUCAAUUGGAGCGCGCCUUCGAAAAGACUCAGUAUCCGGACGUUUUCACAAGGGAGGAUCUGGCGAUGCGUUUGGAUUUGAGCGAAGCACGUGUACAGGUUUGGUUUCAGAAUCGACGCGCUAAGUGGCGUAAACGUGAGAAAUUUAUGAAUCAGGACAAAAAUGGAUACUUGCUGCCCGAUCAAGGUUUACCCGAUUUUCCGCUUGGCUUGCCCAUUCCGCACGGCAUUCCCGGUCAUCCAGCUGCAUUACCACCAGAGUUCUGGCCACCACACUUCUCCUUACAUCAACAUUUUAAUCCCGCAUUGAUUCCACCAAGCCUCAUGCCCCACUACAAGCUGCCCAACUUCCACACACUCCUCUCCCAAUAUAUGGGUUUGAGUAAUUUGAAUGGCAUCUUCGCUGCUGGUUACCCGCAAAAUCUGUCCUUACAUUCGGCAGCGCAAGUGAGUCCGCCAUGCAGUAAUAGUCCGCGUGAUAGUCCACCUACACAAGCACAACCGGCAGCGGGGCUCGUGUCAUUGGUGCCCACCUCUAUGAUUGCGGGUGGUGUAACGUUGACCUCUUCGGCGGCAGCCUCGCCCAAGAGUCCAAUGGCGUCUAGUGUGGCGAGCAACGCCUCAACGCCCGUGUCGGUGGUAACCAAAACCGAGGAAUGAACUUGACUGCCGCGGAGUUGUUGUGCACUGACAGUCAAAGGUUAGUCGCAAGGCGGUUGCUGAUUGUGGAUGGCUGGCGAGGUAUGUGGCAUGUCUUUGUACGUGGCAUGCCUGACCUAGCGAGAAUAAGUAUUACGAGUGCUAAUUAAAUUAAUUUGUGUAUAUAUGUACAUAUAUAUAUAUAUAUAUAUAUAAUAAUAAUAAAUAAUUCAUAUACAAUACGUAGAGUUAGUAGAUUGUAAGUUUUGAGGGCAGCAUUAAAAGUGAUAAAGACUUGUGAGUUUAAGGAAAAAUUUCAAAUUAUGUGUAUGUAUGUACAUUCGUAUUUGUAAGAAAUUUCAUGCAUAUUUUGAAGACGAAUUUAUAAUAUGAAAAAUCAGUAGCUAUGUAAAUAUUUCAAAGGACGAGUACGUCUGGAUGUAGCGCAGAUAUGUCAGUGAAUUAAUUUAUCAUAAAAUUAUUUAAGCGAUUGAUUGCCAAACAUGCAAAGAAUGAACAUCAAUGAAGUA